CAGCCGCUCUCUCUUCCUGCGGGGACUGUCACCGAAGCAAAAAAGAUUCAUUCUUUACGAAUACAAAGGGGGUAAGUAAGCCGACGACGUGUUAGAUUAAACUCACACCUCACCAACAACCCCCCCAAACUCUCCAAAUCAUCCAGAAUUCUCAGUUCCUUUGACCCUCACUCUAGCUUCACCACAAACCAACAACAGAACACAAAUCCCUUUUGUUAUCUGACUUCUCACCACGGACUCUGUACACUCGAGCAAUCCAAGGAUUGACAUGGUCGGCAUAUUAGUUCUGAGUCGAGAUGUUUGUUACAUCAUUUGACGAUUUUCAUGAGAUGGGGUAUUCACUCAGUAGAUUGACUGUUGAGUCUGACUAUAUUGAUGAUGAGACUCAUGAGAGUGCCAACAAUGGACCCAACAAACCUUUUGAUAGUUUGGAUCAUGAAGUAGCUCAGCUCACAAAGCUGAGGUCGGCACCCAAUGAGAGGCUUAGGCAAGCCGGACGGGGAAGGCGGGGCCGGUAUGUUUCAACGGUGAAGAUGUUGGAAGGGAGAGAAGGUAAUUAUUCAGGAAGGGGGAGGUUCUCUUCUGCUGAUUGUUGUCAUGUUUUGGGAAGAUACUUGCCGGUGAAUGGUCGUUGGGUUGUUGACCAAUUGCCUAGCCGAGCAUAUGUCUCGCAGUUUUCAGCAGAUGGAUCUCUAUUUAUUGCUGGGUUUCAGGGUAGCCAUAUUAGAAUAUACAAUGUGGAUAAAGGGUGGAAAGUCCAGAAGGACAUUCAUGCCAAAAGUAUGCGAUGGACAGUGACUGAUACAUCUCUUUCCCCCGAUCAACGCCAACUCGUCUACGCAAGCAUGUCACCUAUUGUGCAUAUAGUUGAUGUGGGAUCUGCUGAGACAGAAUCUCGCGCUAAUAUAACGGAAAUCCAUGAGGGUUUGGAUUUUUCUGCUAGUGAUGGUGGAGGAUACUCCUUUGGUAUUUUCUCCAUAAAAUUUUCAACAGAUGGACGUGAGAUUGUUGCUGGAAGUAGUGACGAUUCCAUAUAUGUUUACGAUCUUGAAGCUAAUAAGCUUUCCCUUCGAAUUUUGGCGCACACAUCUGAUGUGAACACUGUUUGUUUUGCUGAUGAAAGUGGCCAUCUUAUUUAUUCUGGGAGUGACGAUACUCUCUGUAAGGUGUGGGAUCGACGUUGCUUUACAGCCAGCAGGAAGCCAGCAGGAGUCUUGACUGGGCACCUAGAAGGUAUUACAUUCAUUGAUAGCAAAGGAGAUGGUCGUUACUUCAUUUCAAAUAGCAAAGAUCAGAGCAUAAAACUUUGGGAUAUCAGGAAAAUGUCCUCUAGUGCUGCUGCUGCCCGCAAUCCAGGGCCAAGAUAUCAUGAAUGGGAUUACAGAUGGAUGGACUACCCACCUCAGCCAAAAGAUAUAAAACAUCCAUCUGAUGUAUCAGUGUCUACAUAUAAAGGUCAUUCGGUCUUGCGUACACUUAUUCGCUCCUACUUCUCCCCGGCAUAUAGCACUGGUCAGAAGUACAUCUACACUGGAUCUCACAAUUCAUGCGUUUAUAUAUAUGAUUUGGUGAGUGGAGCCCAAGUCGGAAAAUUGGAGCAUCAUAAAGCAGCUGUUAGAGAUUGUAGUUGGCACCCAUAUUACCCCAUGCUUGUCAGCUCUUCCUGGGAUGGGGAGAUUGUUAGAUGGGAAUUCACAGGAAAUGGCAAAUCAUCACCACCUAUCACCAGAAAGAGAGCCUGGAGCAAUAACAGAACAGUGGAACAGCUGCAAGAAGAUCACACAACCUGGAGUCCAUUGCAUUCUGUUUUGGCUCAGUUAUGAUCGUCCCGCUGCCGUUCAUGGCCCUUGUAGUGUUGUACACUGAAAUUCACAAUAUAGGAUGCAAGUUUAGCCAA